UGCAAAGGGUUUUUUCGCCGUACAAUACGUAGUGGACAGAAUUAUUCGUGUCGUUUUCAGCAGAAAUGCAGCAUUGAUAAAGACCAACGCAAUGCAUGCAGAUAUUGUCGAUUUCAACGGUGUUUGAAUGUAGGAAUGGAACCGGACGGUAGGUGCUUCUAA